AUGUUUGACGCUUCUAUAGUGUUCUAUGUGCUGAACGAGGAGGACAUUUUGUUCGUGUUAGAAAUCACCGAUGCCAUGGCUUUUGACUCGGAUAUAGGAGGAGACUCUGAUGCAGAGGACACAAUUCCUGCAUUACAUUGGUCCUCAAAUUUAUCCUUAGAAGGCAUAGAAGCUUUUCAACCAAAUUCAGAUACAGAAACACUAUCAAUUAAUUCAAAUAGAGAAACAAUAUCAAUUAAUUCGAAUACAGUUACAGGUCAGACAAGAUCAUUAAGAUCUCAAAAAAGGUCACUACAUUUUGAAAAUACAAAACUUGAUUCUAAAAAUGCUUCUACCUCUGCAGGUAAAUUAAUUUUCUUAAUUGUUUCAAAUAUAUUAUACAAUUAUUAA